AUUUUUAGCCGAUGCAAUCCAAUGCCAUUGCUUCACGUUUUGGUUUCUUGUAACGCCGAGUUGAACAUUGUUACAAACGUGGCUAAUAUGUUGAUGUUUAUGUAUAAUUUCUCCAAAUGACCCCACCAAGCAUGGAUGAGCCAUCGAAAGCCAAAGCCCACAGGGCACCUCGCAGUGGGAGGAAGGCAGAAAAAAAGGAUAAAAAGCCAGAACAAGAGUUGACAGCCAAACAAAGAAAUCCAAAGGCAUUUGCUGUUCAGUCCAUUCAGAAGGCUGAAAGAAGAUUUCGGAGGACCCAAGAUAUUCAAGAAAAGCGACAUCACAUUCCACUGGUAGACAGAACUCCUAUAGAGCCUCCACCCUACAUAGUGGCCAUUGUGGGACCUCCAAAAGUUGGAAAAACGACAUUGAUUCAAUGCCUCAUUAAGAACUUCACGCGGCAGUUUGUCAGUACCAUCAAUGGGCCUAUUACCAUUGUCUCAGGAAAGAAAAGAAGAAUCACAUUGAUAGAAUGCAACAACGAUAUUAACUGCAUGAUAGACAUCUCCAAAGUUGCAGAUCUGGUGUUACUGCUGGUUGAUGCCAGUUUUGGCUUCGAGAUGGAGACAUUUGAGUUCCUGAACAUCUGCCAAGUUAACGGCUUUCCCCGGAUCAUGGGUGUCUUAACGCACCUCGAUGUCUUCAAAAAUGCAAAGACACUGCGGCAAACGAAGAAGCAGAUGAAGCAUCGUUUUUGGACCGAGAUAUAUCAGGGUGCAAAGCUGUUCUACCUGUCAGGCCUAAUCAGGGGCGAGUAUCUCAAGCAAGAAGUGCACAACCUCGGUCGCUUCAUUUCCGUCAUGAAAUUCCGUCCACUUCAGUGGAGAACUACCCAUCCUUACCUUAUGAUAGACAGGAUGGAAGACGUCACAGAUCCCGAAUUGUGUCGAGCAAAUCCCAAGUGCGACCGCAAGGUCUGCUUUUACGGGUAUUCGCGGGGAGCGAAUUUCAAGAACAACAACGCAAUUCACAUACCGGGCUGUGGAGAUUUUGGGAUCCAUGACAUCACGAUUCUGCCAGACCCGUGCCCGCUGCCAGACAAAGAAAAGAGGCGCUCGCUGAACGAGAAAGAACGCCUCCUGUAUGCCCCGAUGUCGGGCGUGGGAGGAGUGGUCUUCGACAAGGAUGCCGUCUACAUUGACCUUCGAGGUAGUCACUCUCACACUGAGGCCCGCCAAGAUGACGGUGAAAACGUCGAUCAGAUGUUGCAGUCAAUCAUGCAAGCCAAGAACACCAUAGACACCAAGCUGCAAGCGAGCAAGUUUGCACUUUUCUCCAAUACAAAGCCGCUAGCAGCUGAAGACAUUAUUUAUGAGGAGCAGGCUGCUGAAGAGAAGCCAGCCGAGCGAGUUCGCCGGCCAGCAUUUUCGGUCAGGCAUGCGGAAGCCAUAUCAGGUGACUCUGGUCUGUCAGGAUCCGAUAGCGAAGAUGACGCAGAUGAACUCUGUGAUGACUUAGACGCUGAGGGAAACCUUGAAGAUAAUGACAAGGACUCAGAGGAUGAAGAAGAAGGGGAAGAUGAGGAGACAGACACAGUACCAAAGAAAAAAGUUCGAUUUCAUGCUUCUGGUGGUGCAGAUGUCUCCGAAAGUGAAGUGGACAAGCUGAUCAAUGGGAAUGCCUUCCUUGAAGACACUACAUCCGUUGCUGACAAUGAUGAUGAUGAUGAUGAUGAUACUGGUCGUGAAAAGUGGAGGCAGAACAUGAAAGAAAGGGCAGCCCUGGAAUACUUUGCUCGUUCACGAAAAGUAGGAAACCUGCAACACAUGAUCUAUAAUCAAGUUGAGGAAUUUGAAGAACAUUUGCCAGAAGACGACGAGUUGAUAGGGGAGUUGUUCCGCAAAGCUCGCAAACAGGAGACUCACUUGGCACAGAAAAGGGCUUGCGAUGGUGUGGACAGUUCUCGACAUGUUGUCAUCGACGAUGAUGCUUAUGUAACAGACGAUCAGAUAAAGGAUGCCAUCAAGGACUGUUUUGUAACUGGGAAGUGGGACGAAUCUGAGGAUGCAAAGACACUCUUAGAAAAUGAUGAAGAGCUGUACGAUGACUUUGAAGACCUUGAAGCGAAAACAGACGAUGUGCCAGAAAAGGAGGAAUCGGACGAGGCAGAGUCACACGACGAAGCAACCGAAGAAGAUGCAGAGGGCCGCUCAAAGAAGCUCAGUCGUGAGGAUCAUGAAAAGCAGGCGGAAGCCAAAAGGAUGGAACGUAAACGAAAGCUGAAAGAAGCAUUUGACUCGCAGUAUGAUAAAGAAGAUGAGAAGACGUAUUACGAUGAGCUGAAAGAAGAGCUAGGCCAGCAGUCAAAGAUUAAUCAAUCGGAAUUUGAGAGCCUAGAUGACGAACAUCGAGUACAGUUCGAAGGCUAUCGCCCAGGACUGUAUCUACGUGUGGAACUGCAUAACAUGCCAUGUGAGCUUGUAACAAACUUUGAUGGAACAUAUCCUGUUAUCUUGGGUGGACUUCUGGCCGGGGAGAGCAGGCUGGGGUAUUGUCAGGUACGGAUGAAGAAGCACAGGUGGUACAGCAAGAUCCUCAAGAGUAACGACCCCCUUAUCAUGUCUCUGGGUUGGAGGCGUUUCCAGACCAUGCCUGUGUACUGCACUCAGGAUCAUAAUGCUCGUAACCGCUUCCUCAAGUACACUCCACAACAUUUGCACUGCCAUGCCACAUUCUGGGGUCCAGUUACACCACAGGGCACAGGAUUUGUGGCAGUGCAACAAGUUCAUGAACAAACAGCCAACUUUCGCAUUGCUGCCACCGGUGUUGUUCUUGACUUGGAUAAGUCCACCCAGAUAGUAAAGAAGCUGAAGCUAAUCGGGAACCCAUUCAAGAUUUACAGAAAGACAGCCUUUAUCAAGGACAUGUUUACUAGUACCAUUGAAGUGACUAAGUUUGAAGGUGCUGCUCUGAGAACAGUGAGUGGGAUUCGGGGCCAGAUCAAGAAAGCAGUAAAAGCUCCACCUGGUGCAUUCAGAGCCACAUUUGAAGACAAAAUAUUACUGAGCGACCUGGUAUUUUUGAGAGCAUGGACUGAGGUAGAAGUGAAGCGCUUCUUUGUGACUGUGACUACGCUUCUUCUGUCCGGCGAUGAAAAGAUGAAAUGGCAGGGAAUGAAGACCGUGGGGCAGCUCAGGGCUGAACGAGGACUUCAUGCACCUGUCCAGACAGAUUCCAUCUACAAGAGGGCGGAAAGAAAAGAGUUCUACUUCAAGCCACUUGUGAUUCCCAAAGAACUACAGAAGUCUUUGCCCUACAAGGACAAGCCCAAAGUGAAAUCAGUAACUGAGGGAGGCAACGCAAUGCAGAGAGUUGCUGUUGUGCUCGAUGGGCAGGAAAAGGAGAGGAUAAACCUGGUGAAUAAGAUGAAGGUCAUCUACGAGGACAAACACAAGAAGAUAAAGGACAAGAUGAUCCAGAGGGUAAAGGAGCACCGCAAAGAGAUGAAAAAAUCUGAGAUGAGACAGCUCAGGCGGCAGAAGGAACUCAAAAAGAGGAUAUGCUCAGUGCUGAGCAAGAUGGACAAGAAGAAGAAACCAAGGUCUUGAUCAUCUACACUGUGCAUAGGCCACCGUAAUUUCACAUUUUUAAAGCAUCAUGAUGCGUAAGUGCAUUGUACAGAAGGCCUGUUCUUUCAAAGCUGUGUCUUCAUGGACAUCAAUGUAAUUCUCUCUCUGCUGCUUGGUUCAGCUGCUUGUUGAGUACAUGACAUGUACUUUGUGACAUGUACUACGUGCAAAAACAUUCAAAUGCCACAGCGUGCCAACCUUUGUCAUCCUCAUGCAGUUUUGUGCAGUACAGAUCCCUUUCAUGAGUGUAUAAUCGUGGUAGAAGUCUCUAAAUGAGGAAGUCCCAGAUGUUAUGGCAGCGGUUGCGUUCCAAAUACACAAUGAUAAUUUGCAGACAUAUUCACCACAUUUGAAGCAAAGCCAUCUAAUAUCUUGGCACUGUACGGGGGGAAACGGGGGAAGAUGUAGCGCUGCAGUUUGAGGUGUUCAAAACAAAUGAUGCUGCCACCAGAGCAUUUCCUGCACUGGUAUUACAAAAAUAUCAAGCACUGUACGAACGACACAAAAUAAUGAAAUAAAAUGAAUGCUACAGUGGUAUCCAGCAUGUACAAAAUUCUGAUUUUCAAUAGUGUGAACUCUUCAACAACUUACCUCUGCUAGUAAUAUGUCUAUGAAUAUAAAAAAGAAAAAUACGUAAUUUUUUUUUAACCUAUGGAGACAUGCGAGAUAGAAGCCAAGCAGUUUGGGUACAGUUUUGGUUUGACAUUUGAACUUCUCUUCAGUAGGCUAUAAUUUGUAAGUUCUGUCUGUUGUGAAUAACUAGUAACUAGUGUUUCAUAUGGGCCGUUUACAAGAUGGCUCUAAAAUGAUGUAAAAAGAAAAGGUGUGAUAGUGGAAAAUAGCUGAACUGAUUGCUGUCUAGCAGAUUUGCAUGCUCAUCGUAGUUGGGAAACAGAAAAAAAUUUUGUCAUUGCUGCUUGAAGACAAUUUGGGUCCAGUUGGGGUGGUUUUCUACUGCAUAAAAAUUUACAUUUGUAAAUUUUUUAAGGUACUUGUGGUAUCAUCUGUGAAAAACGUUCACAAAUAAGGAACAGCUGUAUUUGCCUGACAGCAUGGUACAUACUCUCAAUGAUUUCACCUGCAUGGAUUCUGUUGUGCAUAUGGAUUGCUUUGUUGAAGGUGGGAUACUGAUCCAUCCAUGUUGAUGACAUCACGUUCAGCUUGGGAUUUUCUUUACUAGUUCCCUCCCAGUGCUCAAAUAAAGAGAGACUCAUAUCGUAGUGACUGCACAAAUAAUCA